UCCUCUCAGUGACAGCCAGGUGAGCCGACAGCACAGACGCAACUUCAACCUGGAACGGCCGGAUGGAUCCCCAGGUUUAGAUCUAAACGACCAUCAAAAAUAUGGCAACGCAUCGAAGGGGGCGGAGCCUCUCUGAGGCCUUGACCCUGGAGGAAUCGGAGAACGGGGCGCUGGUCAUUUCCAGCGCUACUGAUUCCUCCCACAACCUGAAGGAAGGGGAUGAAAUUUUGGGAGCAACGAUAGAUUUUAAUCAGCUGUCAAAACAGGAGGUGAUAAACGUGCUGAAACUGAUGGAGCCAUUUGAUGACAAGGUCAAAGUUCUUACCAGAAGCUGCCUGAGCAGGAGUGUGGACAAUUUGGACCAGUGUGCCAGAAAUCCAGAGGCAAUGCUGAUGGAUUCCUAUACUAAACUCUACAAUGCCAAAAUAAAGAGGUUUGUGAAAGAUGACUCAUCUGCUGCUGGCAAGGCCGCCUCAUCUAAGGUCAACCUAAAGCGUGACAUGGGGUUGCCUCGCCUUGGAGUUGACUUUGGACUUCUAAAAUCCACAUCGUUGAGUGCAGAUGCUGAUGCAGAUUCUAAGUUUGAGGUCAGAGAUCUGACGGAUGGCACCAAUCUAAACCUUCCACCACUUGGUGGCAGUUUGAAUGGACCUACUGCUGGUAACACCCUAGUGCCAAGACCAAGACUUGAUGGUAGAAAUCCACAGUCUCAUCUUGGAGACUACCAUCUCUCUCAGGCAUUACCAGAUGAUUUAAAUGGCAUAACUGCAGCUGGUGAUCUGAAAAUGCCAAAUCUUGAAAAAGUUCUGGAUACAGGAUUGGCCUCAAAAGGUUCAGAUGUGUUCCUUCCAGAUCAUGACAUAGAGGUUAUGGGACCAGAUGGAAUAUCAACAGUUCCUAAAGGUAAACUCAGUCUGAAGCAUGCCAAGAGACUGAAAACCCCAGAUCUAAAUUUAGAUGAUCCAUCUGGUUUCAUGGAAUCACCAAAACUUAAGCUGUCUGGGACACUACCUCAAAUGGACCUUGGAAAAGUCAAUGUGGAUACUCCAUCUGGGUCAGUCCAAUUGCCUAAUAUGGAGUGCCCUGGUGAAAGUCUGGGUGGUGAUAAAACAAUUGAUUUUAAUGUUAAAACCCGUAAGAUAAAAAGUGGCAUGUCUGCAUCUGAUGCUAAUUUAUCCAAAGUCGACUUGAAGGGAAUAAAUUUGGCCACUGAUACUCCUUCAGCUAGUGUCAAAAGUCCGACUGGAAAGUACAAGGCUCCUAAAUUUACGAUGCCCAAAUUUGAUUUGCCACAUAUUCAAGUCCCAGACUUAGAUGUGGAUAUUUCAGGUCCAUCUGGGAAAUUUAAAAAGCCCAACGUAAACAUGCCUGACUUGAGCCUUUCAGGUACAUUACCAAAAGGUCCAAAUUUAGACUUAAAUGCAGAUCUCAAGUCACCAGAUUGGAGUCUCAAAACACCAAAGAUCAAAGGUGGGAUAAAUGCUCCUGAUCUGGUUUUGCCAGACAUGGACCUUAAAGCUCCCAAGUUAGAUAUCAAUACACCAGAUGUCAACAUUGAAUCACCCAAAGGAAAGUUUAAAAUGCCUAAAAUAAAAAUGCCCAAAUUUAACUUCCCAGGCUUCAAAGGACCUGAACUUGACGGCAACCUAAAUGGUCCAGAUAUAGAUGUAAAUGCACCUGAUCUAAAUCUUAAAGCACCUAAAGCUGAUCUAGAUUUGAACAUGCCUGACCUGUCUGGGAAAUUCAAAAAGCCCAACCUGACGAUGCCUGAUUUGGGUCUUUCAGGUCCAAAGAUAGAUGGGCCCAACUUGGAUUUGGGAUCCCCUGAUCUUGACGUCUCCGGACCUAAUCUCAGAGGUGGAAUAAAUGUGCCCGACAUCAAUAUGCCUAAGGCUAACUUUAAAACCCCCAAGCUAGAUCUCAGUGGUCCAAAGGCAAACUUAGACAUGCCCUCAGGAAAGCUAAAUGUGCCUAAAAUUGAAGGUCCUGACUGGGAUGCUAAGGGUCCUUCAGGAAAACUCAAGAUGCCAAAAAUGAACCUUUCAGGUUCAGGUCCAAAUUUGGACUUAAAUGCAGAUCUCAAGUCACCAGAUUUUAGUGUCAAAGCUCCGAAGGUCAAGGGUGGGAUGAAUGGCUUUGAAAUGCCUGAUGUAGGAUUUGGGAGCCCAUCAGGGAAUCAUAAAAAGUAUAAAAUGCCAAAAGUUGGAUUUUCAGGCUCAAAGUUAAGUGGCUCUGAUCUUGAUAUUCCAAAAAUAAAAGGUGGACUUGAUUCUCCCAACCCGAGUUUACCAAAUAAAGACUUCAGAACCUCCAUACCUGAUUUUGAUGUUCCAGAUGUUGAAUUUGGUACUUCACCAUUUAAACUGAAAAACAUGAAAAUUCCUGAUGUGGGAUUUUCUAGUCCAAAGCUAGAGGACCCUAAACUUGAUUUCCCAUCACCAGAUUUUAAUGCUAAAUUACCAAAAGGACAAAAUGUGAAAUUAAAUCCAGACCUCAAUUCUCCAGAACUGAAUCUCAGAGCGCCAAACAUGAAAGGUGGAGUCAACUCCUCUAAGCUUGGUGCACCAAACGUCAACCUUCAGGCUCCCAAGUUGGAUAUUAACACUCCAGAUGGCAAUAUUGGUUUACCUGGUGCAAAUAUAAAAAAGUCCCAAAUGAAGAUGCCAAAAGGCCUCAAUGCUAACCUAACAAGUGACCUUAACAUGCCCAAUAUAUCUGGUGAUAGUCCAAAAAUAUCAGGACCAAAGCUGAGAGAUUCUGAUUUUAGUUUGCCAGCUUUAGAUCUAGCUGAAUAUGGAAUAAAUGGUCCAAAGCUGAGUGCAAAACAACGUAAUACGAGAGUAAAUGGCAACAUUGGACACCCAGACAUGAACUUCUCUGACCCAAGAAUGAAAGGAGAUUUAAUUGGUGCACGCAUGGGUAUGAAUUCUUCUUUGAUAGACAUACGUAGUCCUCAUCUAAGAUCUCCAGAUCUUAACAUUGACAAUGCUUCCAUAAAUUUCAAGGGAGUCUCGUAUAAGAAUCGCAGAUCAGAUAUGGCAGGUAUGAGUUUGAAAAGACCGGAUUUAGACAUAGAUCAAGACAUUCGACUUAAUAAAAAAUAUACUAAAACCAAUGUGAGGUCCAGCUACCCUACAGUGGAUCAAGGUUUACACCAAUACAUUGAUUUUAACCGUUCAGAUCUCAACAUUGAUGAUUUCACAGGGAGAGACCACGUGCUUAGAGCUAGGGGUUCACAACCAGACCUCCGUGCACAAUCUAACCAUCCACAAUGGAUCCCAUCUUCUGGGGUUUAUGUUGACCCCAGAAACAGCAGAAGAUUGCCAGAUGGUAGCAGAGAUCACAGUAUGCAUGGUUUACCUCAAAAUAACCUUGAUGGUUCAGGAGGAUACUUUGUCUCUGUUUUCCCCAAAAAAGCUCUUCUGAAGAGUAAAUACAACACAACCAGUGGGCUUGGGUUCCCAACAGCAAAAAUGGACCUUGAUGUUCCAGAUGAAAACUACCUAAAGGGCUCAACGUACUUUUUCUCCAACAUUGUAUAGUCACAGGAGCACUUGCAUGUCUCUAAUUUUGUAUAUUUAAUAUUUUGCUUUAUUUCUUUAUUUAUUGUGACCAUUGUUGCUGUGUGUGUUCUGUAUAUUUUUGUACAUAAAACCAUUUGCAGCUUGGCCGAAGUGCAUUGUAACGGAUAUUUUUUUCAGUUGUUUUAUAAUAUGCUAAAACUUUUUUUUCCUUUUUUUUUUACAUUUUAUUUUACACAAUACUUGCUCAAAAUAUUUUACAGCAUUUAAUUUUUUUAAUACUAUUCUAUUUGUUAUUUAGUUGUUUUGAUGUUGAAACUAUUGGAUGACAUUGUGCAAUAAAUUGUUUUUAUUCUAUUUAAAAAGAAUCAUCUAUAAGUUUUAAAUAGUUUGUUGCCUGUUCUCUGUAAUCGAAGGAUCAUUGGAUGAAAUAGUUAAACAUACAUAUUUUCUGAUUUUAGCUUAAACUGACUUGUAAUUUCUAACAUUAAAAUGCAUAAAUGAUGAUGUUAUUGAAUUGCUUGUUUUUCCCCCUUAAUAACAGAAAAGUAGUUUCUUUAUUAGUAUGGCAUGCAGUUCUGUCCAAAAGUGUUGGCAGUGAUAUAAAUGUAUUAUGAAGCUUCUGUACCAUCUUCACAUCUCUGGUUUAUUUUAUAUGUGUUCACAUAUACUACAGUAUUCAGAAUAAUUAAAAAUCAUAAAUAAAAUUCCUUCAUUUUCAUGA